GGAGUGUUGAAUCGGCUGCGGCUGCCGCUCGCCGGGACCGGGCGGCUGCGGGAGGCGGCGGGCGGGCGGGCGGCAUGGAGUGAGGGCUGCCGGCGCGGCGGGGAGGAAGGGGAGCGGGGCGGCCGCCUGCGAUGGGCCAGGCAUGAUGGGGGCGCUCGGCUCCGUCCUCGCGCUGCUGCUGCCGCCGCUGCUGCAGGUCCUCGCCGCCGCCCCGCGCAGCCAGCUGCCCGCCGCCGAGGCGCGCAUCGGCUGCCUGUUUGAAGAUGACCUUUGCAAAUCUUCUGAAGUCUGUGUAAAUGAUGGAAUAUUUGGGAGAUGUCAGCGAGUGCCAGUGAUAGACGUAUAUAAAUACGACAUUUCACCCCCUGUUCUUCAGCGCCUAAGGAUCAUCCUAGAGAAGCUCUCACACAGAGGUUUUACCUGGCAAGAUGAUUACACACAGCAUGUUAUUGGUCAGGAACUCUCAACCAUUCAUAAAAUCCACAACAGACGCCCUGAUAUAUUUCCACCUGAAGGGUCUGACGCAGGAAGGAAUUCAGAGCAGAAUGCAGAUAAUGAAAGAAAUUAUAAUCUGGAAAAGGAUACGAACUUGGCCAAGUCUCUUCAGCAAUAUCUCACAUAUCUAGGUAUUCUCUCCCAAUCUGCAGCUACAAAUCUGUAUCCAAGGAAGAAGAGUGACAAAGCUUCUGUCAAGACCUACAUCUAUAAUGAUCCCAUUAGGUACUACAUGAGGCAAAAGCCCAAAGAAAGCCCACCUGCUUUGGCCCACGCAGCCACAUCCCAUCAACAGCACACUGAAAGUCUUCCUGGAAGGAGCUUCAGCCAGCCGCCGCCGGACAAACUCCUGCCAGAGUCAGAAAUGGAGCUUGACCAAAAAACUCUGAUAGCUGCACUGCACACAUACAUCAUGCAGAACUUGUCAGCACAAAGCAGUGAUAAAAGCCCUCCCAGCAGGACUAAAGGGUCUCACGUUUAUGCUGACAGGCUCUACCCUUCUCAAGUCAGUCAUUUUGAUGGAACUUUUACGAAAGGAAAAGCAGAAGAUUUCGAAAUGAAGAAAUUUUUGCAGCCAAGACCUGCACCUGGAGUGCUUGGACCAAGUUCAGAGAUGCUGAAUCAAAAAUCUUCCCAGGACAAACCAAAGGACCAUCUGAGUGCAGUGGAUGAAACACUUAUUAAGGAUGUAUUGAAGGACCUGGAGAAACAUCGGGUGAAUGUAGAGAACCUGAGCUCAUUGGAACUGGAUGAGAUCGCUGAUACUAUUGCUGAUGCAAUUCAAGCUGUUGACAUACAAGAAGAAAGGGAAAAGGGUGCUGAAAAAACUAGAGAAGACAAAAUGAAAGGAGAAAUGAAGAAAGGAGAUGCACAAGGAAGGGCAGAGGCUCAGACUGGAUUAAUGGAGAACAGUGUUAACAUAGCAGAUAAUGGAGUUCGUGAAGCCAGUGCCGGAACUGAUAAAGAGGAGAACACUGCAAAACUAGUUAACUUCUUGAAUGAGAAUGCAUUACCUGAAAAUAUGCCUAAAGAACUUAGACCUGAAGAAUCUACUAAGACAGAAACCAAGAAAUCUGAAGAUACUGACUCUCCCUCUUCUUCCUCAGAAGAAAUAAAUGCUGGUGUGGAAAACGUAAAAAGUGAGACUUUCUCAAGGGAACUGACAGCUGCAAAGAACACUGAAUCUGACUCUAAAGAGCUGAGUGAGACCCACUACUGGAUUCAAAAUGCUUUGAUGAAGGAUGAAAAUCCCUAUGAAGAGCCUCAGAAAAAGAUGGGACAUGACUUACAGCUUGAAGUGAAGUCUUCCAAGGAGAAAGACUACGGCUAUAUUGUGACAGCAAAAGACCCCCUGAGUGUGGAAAAGGGCUUGGAGUUAAUAAAGGAAGUGGCAGAUCUCCUGAAGCUGCAGAUGAGUGCCUUCGAUGAUGUCAACAUGCUGGGACCAGCUGUGACCUUCAGAGUGCACGCAAACCUCCAAAACAUUUCAACUGCAGAUGUUGCCAAAGCAGCAGCUAUAAACAAAGAGAAGCUUGAAAAAACAACUGGACUGAAAAUUCUGCAGACUGGCAUGGGGGAGAAAAGCACCGUCCCGCCGCUCCCGCGGCGCGGGGAAGAGGCAGACUCGGCCAAGUUCCUGCUGCUCACCCUCCUCUCCCUCGCCGGCAUCGGCGGCGUCCUGGCGGCGGCCGCCGCCGCCUACUGCCUCCGCCACCGCGCGCACCGCGGCCUCGCGGCGAAGCUCUCGGCUCUGGGCGCCGACGCCGGCUCCGACGCCACCGCCGCCUACCAGGAGCUAUGCCGUCAGCGUAUGGCAGUAAAAACAUCUGAUCGCCCGGAGCCCCUGCAUGCGUCUCGAAUAAAUAGUGUGUCGUCACAGUUUAGCGAUGGGCCCAUUCCCAGCCCCUCGGCUCGGAGCAGCACGUCAUCCUGGUGUGAAGAGCCGGUCCAGUCCAACAUGGACAUCUCCACCGGUCACAUGAUCUUGUCCUACAUGGAAGAUCAUCUGAAAAAUAAGAAUCGUCUGGAGAAAGAGUGGGAAGCUCUUUGUGCUUAUCAGGCUGAACCCAAUGCCACCACCAUUGCCCAGCGGGAGGAAAAUAUCCAGAAGAAUCGCUCACAGGCUGUAGUACCAUAUGAUCAUUCCAGGAUAUGUUUGAAAGCUGAAAAUAGCCACGACAAUUCAGACUACAUCAAUGCUAGCCCAAUUAUGGACCAUGACCCCCGAAACCCUGCAUAUAUUGCCACCCAGGGCCCUCUCCCCGCUACCGGUGCUGACUUCUGGCAGAUGGUCUGGGAGAACGGCUGUGUCGUUAUUGUCAUGCUGACACCCCUUACUGAAAAUGGCAUCAAACAGUGCUACCACUAUUGGCCAGAUGAAGGGUCAAAUCUCUACCACAUCUACGAGGUGAACCUUGUCUCCGAACACAUCUGGUGCGAGGAUUUCCUCGUGAGGAGCUUCUACCUGAAAAACCUGCAGACCAACGAGACGCGGACGGUGACGCAGUUCCACUUCCUUAGCUGGAAUGAUCAGAAAGUUCCUGCUUCCACAAGAUCGCUCCUGGAUUUUCGCAGAAAAGUAAACAAGUGCUACAGGGGUCGCUCUUGUCCAGUAGUUGUUCAUUGCAGUGAUGGUGCAGGAAGAAGUGGAACCUACAUCCUAAUUGACAUGGUUCUCAAUAAAAUGGCCAAAGGUGCUAAAGAGAUUGAUAUUGCUGCUACCCUGGAGCACUUGAGGGACCAGAGACCAGGCAUGGUCCAGACAAAGGAGCAGUUUGAGUUUGCUUUGACAGCAGUUGCAGAGGAAGUGAACGCAAUACUCAAGGCACUUCCCCAGUGACCGGCUCAGGCUCCUGAAGGCUCCCUGAGGAUCCAGCCCUCGUUUCCUUAUCCUCGGUCCCUGUGAAUGUUCUUGGAAACCGUGACCUGACCUUUACUGUGUAUCUUCUGUUGUAACCACAUAGUGAUAGGGUCCUUACAAACUUCUUUAGCUGGUAAAAAGUUCAACAGUUAAAAUGUGUAUUCUGUUUGGGGGGGUUUUAAAUAAAUUUUGCAAAGUACAUCGAAGCCUCGGAUUAAGCGACAGAACAGUCCAUCCAAUUCCUUUCACAUCCUCGAAGCCCUGAAUGUCACACUUUGAAAGCACACAUGCAUAUUCUUAAUAGCAAAUAUACAGUAUUGUGGGUAAUUAGUGCAGUCAAUAUCGUCUCAGAAAACAGUGUUCUAUUAUAUUUUGUAACUUCUCAAAGGCUGAAUGAGAGCAGGGGGCCUGAAAGGGAUGGUGAUUGUUCCGAUACAAAGCCGAGCGAGAGCCUGAACCGAUGCCGAGGGGGUCGGUAAACACAGGUCCAGGCUCCGGCAAAAGAGCGCUUGCACCUUUUCAUGCUGGGCUUUGGCAAGCGAAUGUUUUCUUAACUGUUGUUUACUUUUCAGCUUUGUGUCAUGAAUGGAAGAAAAUCUCCGCUAUAAGUAAAUAGGCCCGCGCGGUUGUUGCAACUGGGGAGAACAAGUUGGUCUCAUUAAUGGGAAGCCGGGGGAUAAUGAGGACAGCAGCUCUUCCUGGGCACCUACCACCGACACAGCAGCAAAGGAGAGGGUAGGCUAACCCGAAGUCACGAGUAAAGGCCCUGUCAGCAGCCAGGUAAAUGGCCGGAGCUGUUACGGAAACAGACUGUUGAUUUUAUGGGAUUACUGGGGAAGAGAAUGGAACUGUCCUCUCUAUAUUUUUGCAUUUCCCUCUGUAAAAACUGUGCCAUGCCACCCUUUUGGACUGGGAAGUAUAUUUCUGUACAUGCCUGGCUGAAGGAAAUAUCUCCAGUCUGCAUUUUAUGAUUCACGUGGAGUUCGUCCGAUCCAGACAUUUGUUGCAUCUCUCUGCAGAGGCCCUGUCCUUGCCUUGUUCUGAAUGAGACGUUUUAACUAAAUAUUAAGGGAGAAAGAAGCACACGGGUUCAGUCGCAGAGAUUCUUGUGUUCUGAAAAGCCUAAUGCCUACUGCUGCAAAGUAAUGCUAAAAUAUGUAUGUAAAUGGUUUGGUUAUGCAAUUCUGCUUAUGUGAAUUCCCAGUUUCAGUUGUGGUACUCUUCUAGAGGAAGGGAAACUUCUGACAGAAAGUGCUCUGGUUUGCUCGAAUGAAGGGCCUACGGGUAAAAUUAUCAAAUGUGCUUACAUGAUCUAAGCUUGUAGUUUUAUUUUCAAAAGUGAAUUUGAAUUAGAUCUAAGAUACUGAAUGUCUCCUUUCCUCUUGAAAUGGGACAUGAGCGCUUUUUCAUAUGUUAUCCAACAUCUCUGUGAUUUAAGGUUUCUGGGUGGAUUUUUUUCCAAAAUUUUAAUGGUGUUGUAUGCUUGAAACCAUGCCAGGUUAAUUAUUUGACUUCAGCAUUGAAAACCAUAUAAUUGAUUUUAAUUUGGGAGGGGGAAGCUUUUAUAAACUUCUAUUCAGUGAAAUGUUAAAAAUACAAUACUGCAGAGUUUUGCUGGAACAGCAAACCAGCACCUAUUUAAAUCAACCAUGUUGCAAUUUUGUGUUGUAGACGUGGAUAUUGGUGAUUUUUUUUCUUUUUAGCAAUUAAAGAGUUAUUAAAAAAAAAAAAGCAGAAGACUUGUUACUUUUCUCCAUACAUUUUUGUAUGCUUUACUUGGUAUGCACUGUUGCUUAAUUUGUGCAUCUUAUUACCAUGGCAGUACAGAGCAGUUACUGCAGAUGCCAUCAUCCUCUUAAGUACACAUACUGUACAUUAAGCCACAUGUUUAUUUUAUAGCCUAAGCAUUUUAGAGCUUUCCUAGCAAUAACUAAAAAAACUAAUGGAGUAUGAAUGAGAAAAUUGCCUUUUUCAUUUGAUAAUUUAGGUUUAACAGGAUUCUUUUAUUACCUUAGCUAACACAAAAUUGCAGAUCAGGGCAGAUGAGAUCAGUCUGAGCAGCAUCAGCAAGUGUUUGAAGUAGAUUUACUGUCAGCCAUAUACUGCAGCUUUCUGAAAAUACAGGUAGCUAUAUCCAAAUGAACUGGCCAAGGACUCAAAAUCAGGACAUCCUAGGCCUUGCCAUGGUGGGAUUGCUUCACAGGGCAGGUUGCUGUGCCAUUACUGGCUGCCAGGGGAGCAAGGGGGUUUUAGCACAGCUUCCUGCCCCGUGAUGCCUGCGUGUUUUGCCUGCUGACUGGCCCGGGGCGCAGAACCAACCUGGCUGAUGAGCCCGUCGCUUGCACUUCACGAAUAUUUUUAAUUGUUCUUUUGCAAAUAUUUGCAUUUCAUAAUAGCAAUUUCAGGGCGAUCCCUAUUAAUUCACAAGCAGCCGAGUGUGAGACUAAACUAUUGGUCUUCGUGCUUAGGAGUUUAUUUAGUGUAGAUUAGAGGGCAUUAAUCUCCCGCCAGGCUAAUGGGGCAGGGAUGUGUCAUUUCAGUGCUCCGUGGGAGCGGGCUGAGCAGCGGGAGGAUGCGCCCCGGCUCCGGCGGGCUGGCCUCUCGCGCGCUGCGUGGCGUUCGCCAGCCUGCUGAGCUCAGCCGGGUUAGGUGCGGUUCUUCCCCGGCAAGGGGCCAGGCUUUUUGUGUUGACUGCAGCCCGUCACGCAGCGUAUUUUGUCCGUGCAGUGCCCUGUUUCGGGGGUGAUAGUUUGAUGCAGGGCCUGCUAGGGAAAUGCACGGGUCAGCUGCAUCUGGACAAUCCUUUUCCCGGGGAGAAAAGCAGGUAAAUGCAAAUCUGGCAAAGCCACAGCAUGAAGGAGAUAAAUUCCCAACCAGGGCAGGUAUUUCAUUACCCUUUUCACUGUUAACUUAAUCCUUGCAAUUUGGCAAGCAAUGUUUUUCACGCUGCCCCAUGUUCACUGGUGUUUUGAGCUGAGGAAAGUGUCCUCCUGGAAACCAGGAUCAAAGGAGACCCACAGGCCUUCCUUCUUGUCGCUGGCGUCGCAGUUUGCAGGAGUAACGGCACGGCCGCCCUGCCCAGCCUUUGCCCCCCCCCCCCGAGGCACCAGCCAGGAUUUUGGGGGGACGGCGGGGCAGGACAGCGCAGGUCCCAACCACACUAAUCCACGGGAGUCGGCCCCAGGUGCACGACGAGCUGCGUGGGGUUUGCCGUUGACUCACCUAUUCCAGGCGCCGGCUCUAACAUUGCUCCUGAACAGCAUCUGGUAACACCCCGUGGGAGCCCUCGGCACGAGCGAGGGCCAGGAAUGAACUGUAGCCGAAAGGCCCAUAUGCAAGUCUCAAUCUGGUAGCAAAGCAAGCAGAACUUUUUUUUUUAAUAGCUGCUACUGAAAUUUAAAAAAUUUUUAAGCAUUCUUAAAAUGUGCACCAACGACUAAACCUUCUUCCUCUCUCUAGCGUCCCUGGAGAACCAGUGUCAGUCCAUCCCCAGGGAAAUGAUAGCUGUAGACCUGUAAGGAGCUCAUGCUUUAUUAAUCAAGUGGAACAUUAAUACGACCCAACCCAUUUCAUAAUUUCCAGAAUGGUUAUUAAUUAAAAAGCUGUUUAUUGGAAUAGAAAACAAGCAUUUGAUUAGCUUUGUUGCAGAACAAUAGCUCUCCUAAUUUCUAUGCUGCAUAUUUUAGUCUUUGGUUAGAAAACUCCCUCAAGAAGCAGUUGUGAUAAUUCACUUUUUAAAACUGUACAGUUUCUAUGGUUUUGCUUUUUAAAUGAGAGUACACUUUGUAGAUUUGAUUAUUAUAUUUUUCUGUUGAGAUUACAUUGGGCAUUACAAAAGCAUUCCCCACCACAGUGUAAAGAAAGCUAUCCUGUCGGUUUAUUGUAAAAAAAAAAAAAAAAGAAUUAAAACACACUUGCAGGGCUGUGGCAUACUCAAUCCAAUUAGAGCAUAACUCUACUAUUCUUCAUUUACCACAUUAGAAAUAAGAUGAAGUUACACCAGCAAGGUUUCAUUUGACGCUGUUCUUGCAUGCUCUUCGUACUGUAUUUGAUGGCAUAACGUUGUUUUGUUCACAACAUCUCCUUUGUUGUCAUUCUAUUAUAUUCUUUAUAUGUAUAUAGUUAAAAAAAAAAGAUUAUACAAAGUAUUUUGUUCUACCUCUGUAAAAAUCACAUUUGUGAAUAAAGUCGCACUGGCCGUGGCGUAUGGUAUUGUGAA